CUUUGUUUGUGUAUGUCGAAUGUAUGUGUGUUUGUGUGUAUUGGUUUUGCACAAACCAACUGAAUCCAAAUGCAUUUUAUUCAUAUAUCCAAAGCUUGAAAUCUCAAUUUGAAAUCGAAAAUUAAAUUGUAAACAGAGCCAUAAAAGAAAAGUAUCACGUCAAAUAAGCAAACCAUGGUUGAUUUGUGAAUGAAAUUUUUUUUUUGGACAAUAUUCAUCAGAAAAGCAACAACCAGCCAGCAACAACAAUAACAAAGAGUGAGACAGAGAGAGAAGAGAAGAGAAGAAGUUGUGUAGAGACCGGAGAUCAAACAGCAGACACACGAUAUACCAACCAUAUACACAGAGAGAAGAGAGCGAAGAGAAAAAAACCAAAAAGUGAGAGAAAAAGAGAGAGAGAGAGAAUAGUGUGUGCUGUAUUUUUGUAUGAGUUCAUGAACAUGUUUGCUGGAGUGAGUGUAAAUGUGCUGGAGGCAGAGCAUAAGUUUAUAAAGUUUUCAUUUGGGGUGCGAGCUUGAAACGAUAGAAAAAAAGGAGAGAAAGAAACAAGAAAACAGUUUUUGAUAUUCAAUUUUAUCCAUGUGCAUAUGAAAAUAACAAAGAAAUUGGAUAAAAAGGCACAGAUUGAUGUGAUUCGUUUUGGGUUUUUUAUUUUCAUUUUCGUUGGUGUGUGAAAAGAACAAGAGAUUCAGAAAGAGAAAGAGAAAGAGAAAGAGAGACAGCAGAGGAAAUAACAAGUUUUAAUGCACGGCGAUUUUUUCAUUCUCAUCCCGUUGUUGUGAAUGAACUUUCCGAUGUGUCAGAGAUUCAUUGUCCAUUAAUAGAAAUAAUUAAACAGCUCGAAUAAACGGAAGAAAAUACACAAUAAAUUCGCAUAUACCAGAUAAAUAGAAGAAAAUAUACAAAUACACGCACACCACCCAAUACGCCUCACUUUCAAAUCAGCGGAAUAAUCAACAAGAACCAGCCGCAACAAGAGUGGUUAAUAUGCAAAAAUAUAUACAAAGGAAAAACAAUAACAACAACAACAAAUAUACAAAGAAACUGAAUGAAAAAUUUAUUUGAAAAAGAGAAAAAAAUAAAAUAAAACUAUCAACACACUCAAACCAACCGAAAAACCGAAAGUAAAUCGAUGUACUUGAGCAUUUUGUUGUUCUGUAUAUUUAAAAAAAAACGAUACCAAUUGUGAUAUAUGUGUGUAGAUUUGUUCAUUUUUGAUUUCGCAAGUGUUUCCAUUCAUAAACAAGAACAGUGCUGCACACGGAAGACGAAGACAGAUGUGAUGUUGAUGGUCACGAGCCAAUAAACAGGACUCGAAUGAUUUGAAAUGGCACACAUGCAGCUGUGACGACUACGACGACGACGAAGAGGAUGGCUCAUUUUAUGAUCAGAUUGAGAUUGAGAAUGAACGAAUGAGAUUUUGUUUGUCGUUACUCAUCGCCAAUAUAUAUUCACACAAUGCAUGCACAUUGAAAUUGUAGCUUAUUAGGGGCGAUGUUUUUAAUGUGAUGCAUAAAACUAGUAAGUGUUGUUCUAUUUAUGUGUGUGUUGGUGCGUGUACUUAUAAGCAGCAGCAGCAGCAGCAGCAACAACAACAACAACAACAGCAACAGCAGUAGCAAAUGAAAAUGUGAAAAGUGUUUUGCCCUGCGAGAAGUCGUCAAUGAAUAAACAUAACAUAUAAUAUAUUCGGUGUACGACGGAAGAUAUUUGGCAAAUAUAUUAUUUUGCAUUUGCAUAGAUUUUUUUUUUCGUUUCAUUUUGCAACACCGAAGAAAACGAUGACCGAUUAGCUUGGCUGUUCUUUCUUUUUCUACCCUUGUAUAUUUCUGAAGCAAAGAAUAACAUUAGGUGUACAGUUUAUAAAUCGCUUGAGCAAAACAAUUAGUCGGUAGAGAGGAAAAAACACAUACACACACAAAGAGAGACAGUCUUACAAGCCUUACAAUUAAUUACUACCCGUGAUUACGAGAACAUACGACGAAACUUAUACACGAAACAUACACAGAGAGCCGGAAGCGAGAGUGAGCGGACAAGCGUAGUACGCGUACUGCUCUGCAUCCAAUACGAUAGUGGUUGUAGUUGCACAUGAAUGUGGGAUAAUUGCGUAGAGAUUUGACUAGACGAUUUGCAUUGGAUGUCCUUCCGAUUUGAAAUCAAAUCAUCGUGUAUAACAAGAUGUCGGGUCACAAUCCACAUAGUCGAGUGAGUCAACCUGUUAAUUCGUCUUCAUGGAAUCACUUACAAGUGCCGUCAUAUAUGCCGCGUCAACCACAAUUGGCUCACAUGUCAAGCGAACGAACACUUCGAUCAUCACCAUUAAUAUGGCCAAACACCAAUCCAGCUGAUGCAUUUUACAAUUAUAUGGCAUUAACAGCAGCGGCUGCUGUAGCUAAUUCUAAUCCGAAAAAUACUGCUUUAGAUAUGAAUCCAUUGUUGCCAUUUGUACGAACGCCAACGAAUGCCAUGCCAUUUAAUUCGGUCGAUUUAAGUUUGUCAUCCAGUACGGUGCAUGCAAAUCGAAACAGUCUGACGCCAUCACCACGAAAUCCAGUUUCACCCGGCUCAUCAAGUAAUCGCUUCUCGAAACCGACCGGUGAUUUGAACGAUAGCGCGAAUAAUGGUGCCAACAAAACAAUUGACGACAACAACAAGCUCAACACGGAUCCGAUUGCAUUUUUAAAUGAAAUGUCCGAGCAACUGGCUUCGAUGCGAUCAAAUCGAAAUUUAGCCGCGUCAAGUACGUUGCCACUGCCACGUGACCCAAACAAUCUAAAUAGUGAUCUGUCCAAUUUUAGAAUAAACGGCGAUAAUGAUAAGUCAAAGCAACGAACUGAACCGAUGGAACUCGGGCGUGAGUCAAAUCCAGCCAAUCUUUUCGAGAACGAAAGUCUAAGUAAUUCUGUUCAUCUGCAACAAUUGUUGGGGCUUACGCCGCCCGUCACUUCCAGUAUUACGCCAAAUUUGAACGAUUUGUCAAAAUCACUUUUAUCAAUAUUCAAUUCAAAUACCUCACCAACAUCGCCGAUGUUAAUAUCGCCAAAAUCUCAAUCGAAUUUCCUUUCACGCCAAACGGAUACAUCGAAAAAUUGUUCGAAUACAUCAAACGAUGAUAGUUUAGAUUCACAAUCUGGUGGCACCUGUAACGGUGAUGAUGGUUCGGGCAAACAACAAAAUACUCGAUAUCGUCGACGAAAACCUCAAAGAACCGUUCGUUGCUCGUCAAACGAAAUGAAUACGACCGAUAUCACGAUGGACAGUGAGAAAAACAACGACAUUAAGAAUGAUUGUCACAACAAUCAGUCAAAUGGAAUCAAUUUUCCAUCGUUUCAUUCCGAGGAAAAUAGCAUUUUACCGUCGGCGAAUUCAGUUGUAGCGACGCUGCCACCACAGACACAACUACCACCUGCAGCAGCAGCACCACCACCACCACCACAAACGCAGUCAAUCGAUUUGAGUCAUCAUUGUGCGAAUCAGGAAAUGUUUGAAAAUGGCUUAGUAAAUUAUAACAAAUCAAAUGAUUUGGAUUUAACGAACUCAACUGCACCGGCACAUCAAAACGAUAAAGACACACCAAACUUGCUGCAAAAUGAUGAGAUGAACGGACUGAACUUGUUUGGUGCGGUGAAUUUUAGCCAUAUGAGAGGUGUAAAUCUGACAAACGACAUCGCCACCUUUCCGAACACAGACGAUUUGGUGAAAAAGGUUGAGGAAUUGGUGAAGUGUAAUGAGCAAAAUGGUUUCAGUGACAAUGACUUUGGUCCGAUGGAAUUGACUAAGUCGCACACGAACAAAUUGGUUUCGGAUGCAUAUGAAAAUAAUCGAAUAUCGAAUGGCAUUAAUGAAUCGAUCAAGACUCCAAAUAACACUGAACAUAUUAACAAUCACUCGAGCACUGUUAAGUGCAAUAGCAAUGGUAAUGGUAAUGGCAUUAUACCAGAAAUGAUGAGCGAUAAAAUUGAAAACAACACACACGAAAGCGGCCACGAUGAAGUGGACAAUUCCAAUGCAACCACAACAACAACAACAGCAACAUCAACGCCGGCUGUGUCGAAUUCCAUUCAAAUCGGCGAAGUGAAUGCUACAAAUUCCAUCGAUUCAGGAAACAUUUUAGAAGCACACAGUUCCGGCGGUGGGGGAAUGUAUGAAAAAUUACCCGGCGAUAUUAACAAUCAAUCGAAUAUGAUUGAUACGAGUGCGGCAAGUGCUCAACCACUGAACGAUACUGACAACAAUACUCUGAAUAAAAAUGCAGCUAAAUUAAAUAGUAAUGAGGUAGCUAAAGCAUCGAUGUCAGCAUCAUCGAGUGAAUCGCCGUCGAAUGCAUCGCCAACGCCCAAAAAGAAAACGGUCACAAAAAAGAAACCAAACAAUCGUUUUAAUGGUAAAAUGGGUGGUGGCAAAUCGAAUGCAAAUAAAAGCAAUCAAAAGAAUGUAAAAUCGAAUGAUAAGUCUGAAAAGAAAAGUGAUACUAAAAAAAUGAAAUCAAAAGAUGAUUUCACGGCGACCGAUGUGCUCAACAAAUUCCGUGGCCCAUACGUUCAUGUUGACCGUGAUGGAACGGUCGACGUAAUAAAUGCACCGUUGAACGAAGAAAUUGCCGAAAAACAAAGUAAAUUCAAAAAGAGCUACAUCAGCCAAAGGCCGGCCGAUCGGAAUAGAGUUCGUGGCUUGCAUGUUAGUACAUUAAGCAACAAAUACGAUGCGGUUACCACUGAUAUUAGUUGGAUGUGUGUAUUUUGUAAAUUGGGUCCGCAUAAAUAUGGCCUCGGUGAUUUGUUUGGCCCAUUUAUUUUGUCGACGGAGAGUGAGGACUUUCAACUGGCUCAAAUCGAUCCAAAACAUGACGUAUUCAAAUCACAUCGAAACAUACCCAAUAAAACGACGCUGUCACACAACAUAUCGGCCAUUGCAGCCAAGUCACUGUCGAAACCAGGGAAUGCUGGAAAUGUGACGGUGAAGAAAAAGCGAAAACUCAACCAACUUGAUAGCGGCACUACAUCGAAUUUGUGUGCGAAUGCUGUUGAUGCACAAAUCAGUGAAAUUGAUAUUUUCUACGGUAUGACACAAGCUAAUGAUAGUUCGUAUGAAGUGUGGGCACAUGAGGAUUGCAUCGUUUGGGCAUCCGGUGUGCAUAUCAUUGGAGCACGAGUUGUUGGAUUAGAAACGGCCGUCUGGGGCAGUGUACGACAUCAAUGUGGUUUUUGUAAGCAAUACGGUGCCAUGUUGAGUUGCUUGAAACGUUCCUGCACCAACGAAAUCCAUGUACCAUGCGCAAAACGUUGUGAUUGGACACUUGACGAACACACGUUCCAAAGCAGAUGCAGUGAACACUCACUUGACGAUGCCACCAAUCACCAAUGCGAUGAGAUCCAACAGUAAUUGAACUGCACGUCAAUUAAUCAACUACAAAUCAAUACGCUUUUUUGUGGAAUAAUAAAAAAACAAACAAACAAACAAAAGUAACAACAAUAACACAGAAUAAUUUCAAUGCAUAAUCUGACAGACUGGCUACACUUUUCGAAUCACAGUGAUUCAGAAGUGUAGUAUUUUUGAAACCUAAAAAACACACACACACAAAUACAAUGAGAUUGCAAGACUUUGUACAAUUUGAGUCAUGAUGCAAAAAUGCUUACAAAAAAAAAUUAAGAAAAGAAUUAAAUAUGUAAAAAAUGAAAAAAAUAAAAAUACCAUUCUUGCUACAAACACUGUAAA